CUUAGAAACUAGGGGUGCUACGUCGUGUGGUGGUCAGUGAGCGUGACAGCAGAUUCGAUGCUCGACCCCCUCGUUAGGGUCAGAAGAGGGGCACGGGCACACCCGAAGUCCGAGGGUCUCAGCUCUGGCCUCACAGUUGGAGUUGGCGGGGAGCCCUGGGCCCCUCUGGCCUCAGCCAGAUUUCCCGGCCAAACGCAGGAGGAGCGAUGCCCUGGACCGUCCUGCUCUUUGCGGCCGGCUCCUUGGCGAUCCCGGCACCAUCCAUCUGGCUGGUGCCUCCACACCCGAGCAGCCAAGACGAUCCCAUCCACAUCUCGUGCAUGGCGCCCGGGGGCUUCCCGGGUGCGAAUUUCACGCUGUACCGCGGGGGGCAUGUGAUCCAGCUUCUGCAGGCCCCCGCAGACCAACUUAGGGUCACCUUCAACCUGAGCGGCGGCAGCAGUGGCGAGGCUCCGGGGGGACCGUUCCACUGUCAGUACGGCGUGCUGGGCGAGCACAGCCAGCCACAGCUGUCGGACCUCAGUGAGCCUGUGCACGUCUCCUUCCCAGUGCCCACCUGGAUCCUGGCACUCUCCCUGAGCCUGGCUGGAGCCCUCCUUCUUCUUGCUGGGCUGGUGGCCAUUGCCCUGGUGGUCAGGAAAGUUAAAGUCAAAAAGUUACAGAGGAAAAGAGAACGAGAAUCCUGCUGGGCUCAGAUGAACUUCACCACCACAGACAUGGCCUUCGAUAACUCCCUGUUUGCGAUAUCCACGAAAAUGUCAUCGGAAGGAGACACGGCUGGACGGGAUGCUCACUUGGGUGCCAUGCCCAUCCCUGGCCACUCAGCAUCCCGGAAGAGGCCCACGUCCAUAUCCUCCUCGCUUGAGCCCCCCGAGUUCAGCACUUUCCGGGCCUGCCCAUGAAGCUGAGAACUGGGGGACUCCUCUGUCCAUGUUUGCAAGCCCUUCAUUCGUGCUGGCCAGACCUUGGGGAUGGGCUCUUGCAGUUACUUCUAGGGAACUCCGGCAGCGGCUGCUUUCUCAGGGAAUUGAUCAGAGGCAAUGAGGGGUCCCCUGGCCUUGGCACCUUCCUCACGGAGAUGUGAUGGGGUGCAGACACUGGCCUGGAGGCUCGGCAGAAAGCAGGAAGUCCCUCUCUGGAUUCCCAGCUUCUUAGGAACAACAGGGAGGGGGAUGUUAGGAUCUACCAGGCCCAGGAAACACCCACACUCCUCCAGGUCCCCCUCCAGGUCUCUCUACCAGGCCCAGGAAAUACCCACACCCCUCCAGGUCCCCCUCCAGGUCUCUCUACCAGGCCCAGGAAAUACCCACACCCCUUCAGGUCCCCUUCCAGGACACACCUGAUGUGGGCACCUGACUCUUCCCAACUGUAUUCGUGAGCCUAGGGUACCCAGAGUAUGUUUCGUGUGUCUGCCUAAGUUAUUAAUUACAGCGGGUGUUGAGGUGUG